AUGAGGGUUACCCUUGUGGCACAGAAACACUCCUCGGCGAGUUUGGUAUCCCGAAGUAUCGGUCUGGUAUCAACUCGGAGGAAUUUAACACAAACGUCACGAACCUUGAUAGAUGCGACAAGUUCACGGAAGCCAACACCAGUGAAUCUUGCAAGAGCUUUUGAUGAUGGACUAUACUGGGAAUCGAUAAACAGAAGGAACGGGGAGGUAGCUCAUAGUGGAACAAUGACCAAUUUAUUAUUUUCAAAGCUGGGCGGCGGCGCAACUGCACCAAAAACCGGACUGUUCAACAACCCUUAUUUGCAUAGUCCCAAAGGACUGAAACAAUUUACGAAGAGAUCUUUAUCAAUAGCUAAUAGUUUGGUGGAGACCUUGAGAACAGAUAAGACGCCUGAUGGACUACUGAAGUUUAUUGUCAGGUUGGAUCAAUUAAGUGACACUCUUUGUAGAGUCAUCGAUUUGUGUGAGUUCAUUAGGUCGGCCCAUCCUAGUGAAGCAUAUAUAUCUGUUGCGCAGGAAUGCCAUGAAGAGAUGUUUGAGUUUAUGAAUAUUUUGAAUACAGAUGUCAACCUGUGUAAUACGCUGAAACAAGUUUUAUCGACGAAAGAAAUAGUUUCUAAGCUGACACAAGAGGAGUUGAAGGUUGGCAAGAUACUUUUGGAAGAUUUUGAGAAGUCAGGAAUCUAUAUGAGCACAGACACGAGGGACAGAUUUAUUGAAAUGUCCCAAGAUAUAAGUCUUGUGGGUCAAGAUUUCAUCAACAACACAAACUGGCUGCGUUCUGAGUUUAUAGAGAUUGCUUCAGAGGAGCUUGAUAACAGUGGGGUAAGUCCGAUUCUUUUACGUCAACUAACAACCACUGUACGUGGAACACAUUAUAAAGUACCAGCAUAUGGAACGGCACCUUACAUAAUAUUGAGAUCUUGUAAGAACGAGAACGCUCGGAAAGCAGUAUGGACGGCACUUCAUAGUUGUCCUGAUAAACAAAUCAACAGAUUGACCCACAUGGUCAAAAUGCGUUCUGUACUGUCCAAUAUAAUGGGUAAAGUUGGGUUUGCUGUGUAUCAGCUCCAGGGUAAAAUGGCCAAAUCGCCAGAGAACGUUUUAAAUUUCAUUACCAGAUUGAUGGAACACACAAAACCGAUGGCCGCAGAGGAAUUGAAAUUGUUAGCCAAUAUGAAACUUAACGAUUUGGGGCUCCCAGAAGCAAACUCAGAAAAGGAAAUAUUGGAGACUGUACGGCCAUGGGACCGUGAUUAUUAUGUAGCGAAGAGUCAACAGACACGGAAGGCUAAAAAUCAACUAACAAAUCACGAACCCAUAAACGCAUACUUUACACUAGGUUCCGUCCUUGAAGGUUUGUCCAACUUAUUCAAAAGCAUUUACGGAAUCUCUUUGGAGGUGGUUGCCUCCAUACCAGGAGAGACUUGGAGCUCAGAGGUCCGAAGGGUGAAUGUCAAAACCGAAAACAACAACAUCAUUGGUGUGGUAUACUGUGAUCUAUUUGAGCGCAAGGCUAAAACAUCAAGUCCGGCUCAUUUUACCGUUUGUUGUUCCAGAGAGCUGUACGCGGAAGAGAACGAUCCUUCUAUCUUACAAUCGGGCGUCAAUUCGCGGGGGGAGAAGUUUCAGUUACCAAUAAUAUCGUUAGUUUGUAAUUUCGCCCGGACCAGCGAUAACGAACUAUGCCUUCUUCAACUGAGUGAGAUCGAAACGUUAUUCCAUGAAAUGGGCCACGCCAUGCACUCCAUGUUGGGCCAGACAAAGCUGCAAAAUAUUAGCGGGACAAGAUGCACCACUGAUUUCGUUGAGUUACCGAGCAUUAUAAUGGAACAUUUCGCGAGAGACCCAAGGGUGUUGAAGGGUAUUGGGAGACAUUAUAUCACUAAAGAGAAAGUUCCUGAAGACCUAUUGGCAGAGGAGUUGAACAGCACUAGGUAUUUGCAAAACUGCGAGACUUUUGCGCAGGCCAAGAUGGCAAUGUUAGAUCAAAGGCUCUACGACAACAACAUCAUUUUCCACGUAAGAGAUUUGGACGUGGUGGAGCUAUACCAUGAUCUGGAACGGAACCUGGAAGUCCUUGUCGACGAUCAAACGAACUGGUGUGGUAAGUUUGGCCAUUUGUUUGGCUACGGAGCCACCUACUACAGUUACCUUUUGGACAGAGCAAUUGCUGCAAAGAUAUGGGAUUGUCUAUUUGUGAACGACCCGUUCAGCAGGACCGGCGGUGAAAAUUUCAAGAACGCCGUGUUGAAGUGGGGUGGUCUAAGAGACCCCUGGGAGUGUAUAGCGGACGUUUUAGACCAGCCCAUGUUAAAGAAGGGCGACACAAAAGCGAUGGAGUACAUUGCACAGGCUGAUAAUAUAUAG